ACUCUCUCUCUCUUAAUUGAAAAAACCACCAUAAAAAACCAGAAGCCAAAGCAAACUCUCUCUCUCUCUCUAGAGUGAUGGAUAAAUCGGAGGCGACGAGCAUGGUGAUGGCGAGGAUUCAAAAUUUGGAUCCGGAAAACGCUUCCAAAAUCAUGGGCUACAUUCUCAUUCAGGACUUGGGGGAGAAGGAGAUGAUACGCCUCGCCUUCAGCCCCGACGCUCUCCUUCUCUACCAAGCCAAAGCCGCUCUCUCUUCCUCCCAUUUCCCCUCCAAACUAGUCAUUCCCCCCUUCAAUUUCACCGCCCCUUCCUCUCCCUUCCAGCGCGCCAGCCCCCGCCCGUUUUGGAGCGACGAGGAGCAGAUUCUCAGCCCCCUCCCCUUCCACCGCCGCAGCUGCUCCGUCAACGACGCCGCCUUUCUGGCUAAUCUCGACCAAGGAGGGAGUGGAGGCGGCUGGAGGCCUUGCAUGUACUUCACCAGAGGCUUUUGUAAGAACGGGAGCAGUUGUAAGUUUCUUCACGCCGAUAGCAGCGACGGUGAUGCCGGAUUCGACGAGAUGAUGAAGUUGAAGGCGCUCCAGCAGCAGAGGCUCGCUGCCAUGGGUCACCACCUCUUUCCCUACAACAAGUUCGUGGAUGAGAGUGUUAGAGCUGAAAUGUGCUCCGCGAGUCGACAAAUAUACUUGACAUUUCCGGCUGAUAGCACAUUCAAGGAAGAGGAUGUUUCCAACUACUUUAGCAUGUUUGGACCUGUGCAAGAUGUUAGGAUUCCAUAUCAGCAGAAGCGGAUGUUUGGAUUUGUGACAUUUGUCUAUCCAGAUACUGUCAAACUCAUCUUGGCCAAAGGAAAUCCUCAUUUUGUUUGUGAUUCUAGAGUGCUUGUCAAACCUUAUAAAGAGAAAGGAAAAGUUCGAGAAAAGAAACAUCAUCAGCAGCAAGAGGAGUAUUCGUCUUGUUUAAGUCCUUCGGGAAUUGAUUCUAGGGAGCAUUUCGAUCACCCCUUUGGACCUAGAAUGUUGCUCAGUCCGCAAGAUAUGAUGCUUAAGAAGAAACUGAAGCAAGAGGCGGAUUUGCAGCACGCCAUUGAACUCGAAGGUCAAAGGAUGUUGAGAUUGCAACUGAGGGAAGCUGCUCAAAACCAUAAUAACAGCUAUAUGCAAAUGUUUCCUUCGGGCAUCCCAUAUUCCUCGCCAAGAAUGUCUCAAUUGCUUAUGAAUCAACAUGACACUUCUUCGUAUCAUGCAAUCAAUGAAGAUGACGCAGAAGAGUCCAGUCAUGCUGCUGAUGAGAAGUCGGGUUUUGAAGGAGGUGACUCAUUUUUUAAUAACAAUGUUCACUGUGGCAAUCACCUGCAUCUAGCAGACGCUGAUGAUUCUGAUCUCCAUCAAAGCAUGGAGCAUGUUCUUCCAGAUAAUCUGUUUGCUUCUCCGACAAGAUCAGCUUCUGAAAACCCGGCUUUUGCUGAAGGUGACGAUAACGCACCUGCAUCAUCCAAUGGUGCUGCUACUUUGCUGCCCGGUGGUUCUCCGCUCACCAUGGCUUCUCUUCAAUCGUGUUACUUACAAAUGCCCAGGUUUUCCUCCGGGCAAGAAGCCAUCGAAAUGUAGCUGUUAGAAGGUGGUGAUGCUAGGAAGCAGGAAUUAGCUUUAGCUUGAAAGUUUGUGUAGCAUAUACAAGGAAGUAGAAGAAAGUUGAUUAGCUGUAUGGCCAAAAACUAUACCCACACAGCAGUAACAAAAGAUGAUCUUUAGAAGAAGCUUUUCAUCAAGAUUGUUGCCAUUAUCUCAUCAAUACCAUACUAUUACUAGUUUCAAGAUAUACAUAAUGGGUGGACAGAUGAAGUCAUUAAUGUGAGUGGGGUUCUCUCUCUCAUUUUGUACCUCAUUGUAGUUAUGUGCUGGACCACACCACACAACUAAUAGUAGCAUAUAACAAUCACUAGCAAGUAGCAACAAUAUAUUGUCAAUUAAUAUACAUAUAUGUUCCUCUA